GAUGCGAUCAUCUCGUCGGCACUGCCCUGGGCGAGGAUCGUGACGCCCGGAAAUUUCAGCCCAGCACGACUACGCUCGAGAAUGUCACCACCUGGAAUACCGAUAACUACGAGAUCGGACGGAUGCCGGACUCGCAGGGGCUGGCCGGCCCGGUCAAUGCAGAGAUGUCUGUCCAGUUCGUCAGCGAAUGGAUGGGGAUGAACAGUUCGUGGGACAUGGACGCGAAGGUGGUGUGGUUGGAGCGCCAAGACGCGGAGCGGGUGAAGCGCCGCGCGCCGCCGCUGGUGCCGGGCGCCCGA